AUUUCAGCAGACACUUUAGAUAAAAACCUUCACUUCGAGGAUGAUAUUGGAUUCUACAUUUUUUCUGAAAGGUUUUAUUUAUUUCUUGGAUGCCUUUUGUCUUGCCACCCUUUUAGCAGCAGUCCUCGUUUUUACCUUGCGGAGGUUCUACUUUGACUCGAAAAAGCGCGUAGUGUACAUUGAUGGAAAAAGGGCGAAAACGGUCGGUUUCUUCCACCCCUACGCGAACAGCUGUGGAGGAGGAGAGAAAGUACUGUGGUGCGCUGUUCAAGCUCUCCAAGAGAUUGCUGAAUUCCAGCCCAUUCAUUGCGUGAUUUACACCGGAGAUACAUGUUCCUCCGAAGAGAUUUUGGAAACGACCAAGAGAAUCCUGCACAUCGACAUCAAGCCUUCCUUCCAUCUCGAAUUCGUGCGUCUCUCCAAGCGAACCUGGCUGGAGGCCUUCCACUAUCCCCAUUUCACGAUGCUUUUCCAGUCCCUGGCAUCCAUGCUGGUCAUGCUGGAAAGUCUCAGCCAGUUCAUUCCCGACCUUCUCGUCGACACAACCGGCCUGGCAUUCACGUAUCCCGUCGUCAAGCUCUUCACCUCCUCUCGCAUUCUCUCCUACACGCACUAUCCCACCAUCAGCACCGACAUGCUGCAUCGCGUCAUCCAUCGCGAGACCCAAUUCAACAACGACGCGUUUAUUACUUCCCACCCCAUUCUUUCUCUUCUCAAGCAAUUCUACUACCGCGUCUUCGCCGUCUUCUACGGCCUCGCGGGCCGCUGCGCCGAUCUCGUCCUCGCAAACGGCUCCUGGACGUACAACCACCUCGUCUCGCUCUGGCGGCAGCCACACACUCUGCGUCGUUUAUCCGCCCUGCGACACCACCGAGCAUCGAAUGCUCGCAUCCCAAAACUCGUCAAACACGACGCUAAACGGCAAUAAUAAUAAUAAUAACACAAAUAAUAAUGCAAACAACACCAAUGCAGCUGCAUCAUCAUUAAUGAUCCCGUUGCGGCAGCGGGUGAUUUUAAGCAUCGGGCAGUUCCG